AUGGCUGAGGCAUUCGGGGUUGCGGCCGGUGCGUUCAGCGUUAUCGCCCUGCUGGAACAGAUUAUCAAAAGCAUCGAAAAGCUCAGGUCGCUGCGGAGAUUUAUCAAGACAAUACCCCACGAGUUGCAAGGCCUGAUCGACGAUAUCGAACUUGUUCAGGGUGUUUUAAAGACAACUACCCCGGAUAUGCUCCAGGUUGCCGAUAUUCCUUCUAUAGAGCGACGAUUGAAUACAUUUCAGACCGACCUGGAAACACUGAUAUCCAACAUUCAGAAAUAUCAGCAGUCUGCCACUGGCCGUCGGAUGGGAGCUAUCAAAUUGUUCAUAAAGAAGGAGGAGAUUCUCGCCCAGAGAAGGAACUUGGAGAAUAUCAGGAAUACGCUAGGGUCACUUCAAUGGACAUACUGCUGUAUCACCCUACGAGAAUUAGGGCCAAUAAUACGCACGCAGAAGCUCCAUGGGGGAAAAGGUGAUACGGAUCCCUGCGAAGAGCCGGCUGAGAAUAGACAGAUAUCCAGUCGACAUAAAUCAAAGAAUGCAGAAUCACAGGUCAUAAAAAAGAACAGCUGGGAAUUACGGUUUCGCACGCCACUGUUUGUGAUUGACAAGAUCUGGUCUCUACAGGCAAAGCGUUGCUACGCCGGCUGGACCUUCAAUAUCCGAACACACAACGUUGUGCCCGAUGAUGCACCAAUACUUGAUGCCUGCUGGAAUGGUGAUAUUGAAGAAAUGCAGAGGCUCUUUUCAGCUGGACUGGCGUCGGUUUAUGAUUGCGACGACGGCGGCUGGGGUCUAUUACAUCGUGCUGCUUUUCGCCACCAUCUUAAAACAUGCCAGUUCCUUCUUGAAAAUGGAGCAGAUCCAGACCAUGUGAAUAGUUAUAACCAUCGCCCCAUAAACAAUUUAAACCACCGCGCACCUGAUUUGAUCGAGAGAAUUCCCCUGGCAAUUGAAUUAUACCGACUUUUGAUGAACGCUUCAGUCGACUCAGUGGACCCAGUGGAGGACCUCGGAAUUCAAUACCACGAAUAUUGGUUCCAUGGAUUCCGAGGGCCCCCUGAGGUCCUUGUCAUUAUGCAGCAGUAUACCUUCGCAGACUAUGCCAGCCUCCCCCUCCAGACACGCUUCAAUCGGACAAUGGCUCUUAAUAGCUUUUGUGCCACUCCCUCUACAGUGGAAAUCUCCAUGGGGGGGUCCAUCGAACCCAAUUCAUAUCGCUUGGAAGAUGAGUUUGGUCGUACUCUUCUCCACAAGUUGGCCGAAUGUAUGGGAUCAGACAUGUCGAGUGAGAGAAAGGAUGCCACACAUAAAUGGCGGCCAUUACUUCGAGAUGCCAUCGCUGCAUCCGCCGAUCCAAAUAAAAUGGCAGCCAUCGAUGAUUACGUGCUAACCCCGCUCGACUCAUUUUAUAAGUACUUCGUUUGGAAUUGGAAAGCAAUCCGACGAGCUCGGUACGACUUCAAUCCUGCUCUUCGCAUAUGGGCAUUUGAGCUGAAAUCCGCCGGUGUUGACUUGGAGGUGUACGGUGCAAAAGAGAGCGCUUUCGUCGAGGGAUUUUGGUUAUCGUAUCGGAUAUAUGUCGGGCCCCUUAGAUACUGGUCAACUGGCAUCGGAUAUAAAGAAGAAGAUUUCUUUUUAUUUAGUUUUUGGAAGCUUACUUAUGGUCCUGAGCCCGAGGACUGGACGAUCUGGGUAAUCAACCCAAUUGAUGAGCUGGUGGGAGAAUUUUGGGAGAUGAUCGAGAGGGAGGAAGAAGUUAUGCCUGGGACGUGGGUUGACUGA